AUGGGUCCCGUGGUGGAGCUCAGCACGCUGGACCUGGCGCUCUGCGUAUCCUACCUGGCCUCCGUGCUGCUCGUGGGACUCUUCUUCACCUUCAAGGAGCAGCGCGAGCGCGAGCGGCUGCGACUGACGCGUCUGCACCACCAGGCGCUAAUGGACGCCGGGGCGCGGGACCCCAAGCGCCUCGACGCCUCUCACAACCACAAGCCAGCCAAGAAUGACCACGUCCUGGAGGAAUAUUAUCUCGGGGGACGCCGUAUCCCAUGGUACGCACUGGCAGUGGCCGAUGUGAGCUCGUACAUCGACAUAUCGGGGACUAUGAUCAACACGGCGCUGGUCUACGCGCUGGGCGUCAAGGGCAUGUACAUCGAGAUCCGCGGCGGUCUGUGCCUCUUCCUGGCCUUCCAGCUAGCCUAUACGGGCAAACUAUCGCGGCGCUGCCCCGUCAAGACAAGGGGGGAGUGGUGCGUGAUCAAAUUCCGGUUCGGGACUCGACUUGACGCGGUGCUGCUGCGGACUACAAUCGCUAUCACGUCCUUGACAAGUGGCGUGCUCGCGACCACGUACUUCGCCGUAGGUGGUGGAAAGUUUUCCACAGAGUUUGUCAAGUUGCCAGAAUGGGGUGGGUUACCCUCGGAGUUCUGGGCGGCGGCCUUGUUGAUGGCAGUAGCGAUGCUGUACACUAUCGCGUCUGGUUACUCCACCGUCGUGUACACUGAUGUGUACCAGAGCCUGUUCAUUUUCACGUCG